ACAUUUUCUUGUAAACAUUACAAAAUUUGCGCUUUAAUUAAAACUUUUUCGUAAGUCCAUAUAAAAUUGAUAAAAUGCCUCGCUGGCCCCGUGGGAGAGGGAAAGCUAAAAAGAAUCCUAAUAAGGGUAGAUAUUGGUCUGCGCCACCAAUUGAUGAUGAGGAACGAGUCCAAAGGCCGCCCGGUCUUCGAGGAAAAGAAAUAGGGCUUUUCUAUAGGGACUUGCAAAAAAAUAAGCCGAAGACUGAAAGAACUUUCACCAUUGGUCUGGCCAUACCUCCUGCUAUCAUAAGACAAGUAAGAAACCGCUUACAAUCUAUCAACCAGAUAGCUGUGCAGUACAAUAUAGAUUUAUCAUCUGUUUCACAAAUAAAAAGAAUCAAGUUGGAACAACCUGAGAUCUUAGAACUUAAGCCCCAAAAGAAUAAGAAUAUUGCUAAAAAAGUUGCUGCAUUUGCAUCACUUUAUGAUAAAGCUUCAUCAUCAUCCGAGGAUCCAAGUACUUCAGGCUGUAACCAAACAAUAGACACGGAACACUCCAGCUCCGACUCUUCUGAUGAAGGAAAUACACAAGAAACUGUAUUUAAAAAGCCAUGGACAGAGGACCUAAUGGAUAUUCCAACACUACUCAAGAAAAAACCCAUAACACCUGACACCGUUGUACCAUUUAAAGGAAGUGAAGAUUUUAUUUCAAUUAAAACAGAAAAAGACGUAGUUGAAUGUGAUGUUACAAUGAAAGAGUUAAAAAACUAUAUGCCUAAACCAUUACCCAAGGAAGAGACACCAUUCAAAAGAAGUGAAGAUUUUAUUUCAAUUAAAACAGAAAAAGACAUAGUAGAAUGUGAUGCUAAAAUGAAAGAGUUAAAAAACUAUAUGCCUAAACCAUUACACAAGGAAGAGACACCUGUUAUUGAGCCACCAAAGCCAGAUUUUAUAACAUUCAAAGGCACUCCAGGUAAAGCUGAAGAUUUCAUACCUGUAAAUCAAGCAGAAACAAGUGACUAUGGAUCAGGUGAAAGGAAACUGUCUCUGCGUGGGACAAGUGAUUACAAAUAUGGCUACAAUGAUAUUAUUAGUGGUAGUUUUGAUGAAAAGCUUGAAGAGUGCCUGAAUAAAGGAGUCACAAUAAAUAAUAUUGCAGGCAACAAAAAUUUGAAUGAUACACUGUAUGCUGAGUAUGUAGAGAUGUUGGAUAACAAAAGAUACAAGGAAAUGUUGCAGUUCCGGAAAAAGUUGCCAACAUACAAUAAGUCAAGUGAACUGUUGGAUGUGAUCAGCAACAAUUCUGCUGUAGUAAUCAGUGGUGAAACGGGAUGUGGGAAAUCUACACAGGUACCACAACUGAUAUUAGAUGAUGCAAUAUUAAACAAGAGAGGAGCGGUGACGAGGAUCCUGGUGACGCAGCCGCGGCGCAUCGCAGCAUCAUCUCUAGCAGAGAGAGUGGCGGCGGAGAGGGCCGAGAGACUGGGACAAUCUGUGGGAUAUGCCGUCAGAUUAGAAAAAGUGGAUGCAAGAUCCCGUGGCAGUAUAACAUACUGCACGACCGGCAUCCUGCUGAGCGAGGUGGAGGUGAACCAGGGGCUCACCAACUACAGCCACAUAAUACUGGACGAGGUCCACGAGCGAGAUGUGCAUGUUGACCUGUCCAUGCUGGUUUUGAAGAAGAUCCUACAAAAGCGGAAAGACUUGAAAAUUAUCCUGAUGAGUGCGACAUUAAAUGCCGAAGGUUUAUCAGCAUACUUCAACAACUGUCCUAUGAUGCACAUUGAAGGGCUGGCGUAUCCAGUGACAGAUUAUUACUUGGAAGAUGUCUUGAAAAUGACCGGUUUCCAGUACGAUGAAGAUAACAGCAGACCGGGGCAGGGGUUCCAAAGGAAUAAAAACUAUAACUCUUACACCAAGAAGGGGAUGGAAAAAGGAGUGGAGUAUAGACAUUUUAUAGGACCGUGGCUAGAAUCACAGAAGCACAAACUGGACAAGCAGGUGUACAAGACGCUACAAGAUUACAGAACAGAGGAGCUGAGCGUAGAACUGAUAGCUGAACUUAUACUUCACAUAAGCCGGGGAGACCCGGGGGCCAUUCUAGUAUUUGUCCCUGGCAUUGUAGACAUCACCAACUUGCUCAAACUACUCAAUCCGCAAGAUUUCCCCAGUUCUAAAUUCGAAAUUUAUCCGCUGCAUUCUAAACUGCCAUCUUUGGAACAAAGGAGAAUCUUCGAAAGGCCCCCCGAAGGAGUAAGGAAGAUUAUAGUGGCUACGAAUAUAGCGGAAACGUCUAUAACGAUAGAUGACAUAGUGUAUGUGAUAGACAGUGGACGCAUCAAGAUGAAAGGGCUGAUUGUUGAAGAGAAUGUCGCUACGCUGAAGGUGGAAUGGGUUUCACAAGCGAACUUACGGCAAAGACGCGGGCGCGCCGGUCGCUGCCAGCCGGGCGUCUGCUACCACCUACUAACCUCCUACCGAGCCAGCAAGCUAGACGAGCGUCUACUCCCGGAGCUGCAGCGGAGCGACCUGCUGGAGCCGGUGCUGAUGCUGAAGCAGCUGCGGCUGGGGAGGGCCGAGGCCGCGUUCACGCUGGUGCCCGACCCGCCCGCGGUGGUUACUACUGAGUGGGCUGUGAAGCAUUUGCAAAGACUAGGCGCGCUCGACAAGACCGAGACACUGACCCCCCUGGGCUGGCACCUGGCGCGCCUGCCCGUGCACCCGGCGGCGGGCAAGCUGCUGUUGCUGGGCGCUCUGUUCGGCUGUCUCGACCGCGCCGCCUGCGUGGCCGCCGUGUGGGGGUUUAAAGAUCCGUUUAUGCUGGUUAUUGGCAAAGAAGAAGAAAGUCGCAAAUGCAAACGCCAACUAGCACUCGGCGAGCCGAGCGACCACGUCGCUAUAUCCGAAGCGAUCAUCACCUGGGAACGCUCCGGCCAGCAUUCCAGAACAUUCGCUUACAACUUCUUCCUCUCCAACAAUACGCUGCAGCUACUAUCAGACAUGAAGCGCCAAUUUGGGGAUAACUUGAAGCAAAUGGGGUUCCUUCCCUCGGGCGAUAUACGAGCGGCGUAUGAGAAUCGGAACGCUGGCAAUAUAAGUCUGUUCAAGGCGAUUGUGGCCGCAUCGCUGUAUCCUAAUGUGGGUACUGUUAAGUGGCUCAAUCUCAACAACCGCAACAUUCGCAAGCCGAUACGCAUCAUAGCUCGCACUCCCGAAGACGGCCGAGUAGAGAUCCACCCCAGCAGUGUCAUGGCCCCUUCAUUCUCUCCUCGUGACAACAACACACCCAUCUGUAACAACCCUGGCGCCGGUUGGCUGGUGUAUUGGCUGAAGCAGAAGUCUUCGCAGCUGUUUCUGUUGGAGGUUACAUUGGUGCAUACGUUGCCGCUACUGUUCUUUGGCGAGUUGGAUGUUACUCGUGAUGAAACCGACUCAGAAGUCUGCUACAUGAGCAUAUCGACAGUGAAGGUGAAAUGCAACAGGGAGACCACAGAAUUACUGCUGGAACUGAGGGCCCUGUUAGACCAUGUCCUCGCUAACAAAGUGAUGGUGACCAGUGUGCAUGCUAUUGAAGAUAAUAAAUUCCAGGAAGAGGUUUUAAGUGCGGUGAUAGACCUGAUAACAGCGGAGGACGAGCAGAUCGAAGACGACAAUUUCGGAGAUUCCGACCAAUCAGAGCCCGAGCCUCAGCCAGGGAACUGGAGGGCGAGACGAUAAACUUCAGGGGGUCACUCUACAUAUUUGAAGAAAAACUAAAUUUCGGAGUGCUCCUCCGUGAGAUACCACUCUGUUUCGUUGUAUCAAACAUGCCGAUAGAUUGAUUGCACAACGAAAGCUUUUCGUCAGCAUAGAGUAACCCUCCAGGGACCAGCCAAUUUAUGCUGAACAUUUAUGAAUAUUUAAAUCUGUUUUUUAUGUGUAUCAUAAAUAGGCACACCCGUAGUCCAUACCGCAGCUGCGCAAGAACCAUAAUUCAAUUUUGAAUUGACAUGCUCUCCCGCCGUCGUGUCUAAAUGUGAUAAAACAUGGAAUAGUUAUACCAGCGGUAUACUAUGUUUUUAGGUUAAGACUUAAAGAAGAUAUAAGUACGUAAAUGUUCCUAUGUAGGUACUACUACUUAAUAUUGAUUGCACUAAAUGUGCAUGUGAUGUGAUCUCUUUCAAAAUACAUUUAUCGAGAUAAACCAAAAUUGAGUGUUUUAAUAAUAAAGAUUGAAGUUAA